AACGGCCUUUAGAAUAGGAGGAAAAAGGAAGGCGGGGCUGGAAGGGGGAUGACUCACCUCCUCGAAGCUCCGCCCCCUCGCGUUGAUGGUGGGAGGCUGGGGGGGGGGCGAGGAGGGAAAAUGGCGGCGGUUGCCUGAGGAGGACAAGAGGAGUGGGAAUGGAGCUGCCGCGCGGGAAAAGACUCCCGAGGGUCUAGGGUGGGUCGCCGUCCAGGAACAGGGGAGUGUGAACCAGGCGGCCCCCCUAACUGCGGGGAGGCCCAGCCCUCAACCGUUUCGGUCUCUUCCAUAGGACGAACAACAUCCCCUCUUUUGACAGCUUCAGCACAGGGACUUCAAGCUGUGGUUUGCUGGCCUGCCACCCCCACUCCCUCAAUUCCUCCGCUUCCCCUUUGAAUUGUGCGGAAGGGACACCCCCGUUUUCCCUCUUGCCUCCCUACCUGAAACAGGUGCGCCCCACGCGCACACCUUCGGCCGCCACCAUGCCUUGGCCCUUCUCCGAGUCCAUCAAGAAAAGGGCCUGCAGGUACCUGCUGCAGAGGUACCUGGGCCACUUCCUCCAGGAAAAGCUGAGCUUGGAGCAGCUCACCCUGGAUCUCUAUCAAGGCACCGGCUCCCUGGCACAGGUGCCCCUGGACAAGUGGAGUCUUAAUGAGAUCAUGGAGUCAGCAGAUGCCCCUCUGGAAGUAACAGAGGGAUUUAUUCAGUCAAUUUCGCUGUCUGUUCCCUGGGGCUCUCUGCUUCAAGAUAACUGUGCACUUGAAGUGAAGGGCUUAGAGAUGGUCUUCAGGCCAAGACCCCGUCUAGCUUCUGGUUCAGAGCCGAUGUACUGGUCAAGCUUUAUGACAAGCAGUAUGCAACUGGCAAAGGAGUGUCUCAGCCAGAAGCUGACAGAUGAACAAGGAGAGGGGUCUCAACCCUUUGAGGGCCUUGAGAAGUUUGCUGAAACCAUUGAAACAGUUUUACGAAGAGUGAAAGUAACCUUUUUAGAAACUGUUCUGAGAAUUGAACACGUGCCAGUUAAUUCUAAAAGUGGAACAGCACUUGAAAUUCAUAUUGAGAAAACGAUGUAUUGUGAUGAAACGGCUGAUGAGUGCUCUGGAAUUAACGUGCAUCAGCCCACAGCUUUUGCUCACAAAUUACUUCAGCUCUCAGGUGUUUCCCUCUUCUGGGAUGAAUUUCCUGCAUCAUCGAAAUCCUCUCCAGAGUGUUCAACGACACAGUUGGCAACAGAACCAAAACUUUCACCUAGCUGGAACCCAAAAAUUAUCUAUGAGCCACACCCACAAUUAGCAAGGAACUUGCCAGAGGUUUCUCCCUCAGAUCCCGUGCAAAUCUGUAAGCUGAUUGGCAGAAUGGAACUCAGCCUUACGUUAAAGCAAAACGAGGUGCUUCCUGGAGCAAAGUUGGAUGUAGAUGGACAGAUAGAUUCCAUACACCUGUUCCUGUCGCCCAGGCAGGUACAUCUUCUGUUGGACCUGCUAGCAGCUAUUGCUGGACCAGAAAUACCCAGUAGGAUGGAAUUGUGUAAUAAGGACAGGAAAAAUCGACCGAUGCAACAGGAAGAUGAAUAUCGGAUUCAAAUGGAGCUUAGGCGCUACUUAAGAAAAGACACUUUGCAAGCAGGAGCACAGUCUGAUCCGAGUUUUUAUGAGUCCGAGGCAGCCAGAACUCCUUCAAGUCGUGAAGAAGAGGUUUUCUUCUCGAUGGCUGACAUGGAGAUGUCUCACAGUCUGUCUUCUCUCCCACCUCUUGGAGACCCGCCAACUAUGGAUUUAGACCUUUCUUUAACCAGUACAUAUACUACUACUCCUGCAGGAUCUCCACCUAAUACGGUAGUGCAGCAGCCAGCAUGGGGAGAUUUUCCUGAUCGUAAUAAGCAGGAACCACAGCAAAAAAGAGUCCCAUCUUUUACCCCCAGCAUAGUCCACCCAGCUCCAUUACAAAGGACUUCUCUUCCAUCUAGAUCUGUCUCAGUGGAUGAAUCUAGACCCGAACUUCUUUUUCGACUAGCCGUGGGUGCUUUCUCAAUGUCAGUUCUUCAUGUCGAUCCUUUGCCACCCCCUGAAACAUCACUGAAUGUUAGUCCGCUGACAACAAUGGCACAGGAUUUUUUUACCCAAAUCGAAAAGGUUGAUCCAGUGACGUUUCCAACAGAAGAUUUUCGGGCCCUCCGAGAAGUAUUUGCAAAGGCUUGUUCACACGAUCACCUCAGAUUUAUAGGUACAGGCAUCAAGGUGUCAUAUGAGCAAAGACAAAAAUCAUCUUCCCGUUGCUUAAGUACAGAUCUGUCUGUUGGGCAAAUGGAACUUCUGGAAUGCCUUUUUUCUACUGACUCACCUCACUAUACGGAGCUGCUAAUGUUUAAUUCUGAAAAACAAGGAGACAAGUUGCACCCGCGCGCCUGCCUUCAGCUCCAUUACAAACACUCAGAUAACAGAGGACCUCAGGGUAGCCAAGGAAGACUGAGCUCUGUCCCACAAAAAGCUGAAUUACAAAUAAAGUUGAAUCCAGUGUUUUGUGAAUUAGAUAUCAGCAUUGUUGACAGACUGAAUUCCUUGCUUCAGCCUCAAAAGCUAAGUACGGUGGAGAUGAUGGCCUCACACAUGUACACCUCGUACAACAAACACAUUAGCCUGCACAAAGCAUUUGCGGAAGUUUUUCUAGAUGAUUCACGUACCCCUGCAAAUUGCAAAGUAUCCGUACAAGUAACUGCACCGUCUUUGAAGCUUUCUGUCCGUUUCCCAAUACCUGAUCUACGAUCAGACCCGGAACGAGGACCGUGGUUUAAAAAGUCACUUCAGAAAGAAGUUCUCCACUUAGAAUUUACAGAUAUGGAACUUCAGACGGAGUUUACUGGAGGGCCAACUCCAGAGCAAGUUAAACUGGAGCUCACUUUUAAAGAACUAACCGGGUCAUUUGAAGAAAAUAAUGGGGAAUUGGUAAAUUUUUUCCAAGUCUCCAGUGGUGAAGCUGGAGAGAUGACCUCAUCAGACAACUUUGACUGGCCCAGGAUUGUACUCAAAAUAAACCCCCUUGCCGUACACUCCAUUCUGGAAAGGGUGGCUGCUGAAGAUGAGGAGGAAGUUGACGGCCACUUCCAAGAGGAAGAAGAAGGCGGCUCUCAUUCCCUAAAGGACGUGUGUGAUCUUAGAAGACCAGAGCCGUCUCCCUUUUCCUCUCGUAGGGUCAUGUUUGAGAAUGAAGAGAUGGUGAUGCCGGGAGAUGCAGUGGAGAUGGUUGAGUUUCAGGAUAAAGCCAUCAGCAAUUCUCAUUAUAUACUGGAGCUCAUGCUACCAAACGUGUGCUUAACAUUACCGAGCAAGGGUUUUUAUGAGAAGCUUUACAAUAGGAUCAGUAAUGAUUUAUUAUUGUGGGAACCCACAGCUCCAUCUCCUGUAGAAACGUUUGAAAAUCUCUCUUAUGGUGUUGGACUUUCAGUGGCCAGCCAGUUGAUCAACACUUUCAGUAAAGACAGUUUUAGUCAAUUCAAAUCUACUAUUCACUAUGAUGAUGAGAGUGGGUCAGAAGAGGAAACGUUACAAUACUUUUCUACAGUUGAUCCCAACUAUUCUUCAAGGAGGAAGAAAAAAGUUGAAUCCCAAAACAGGAACACUCAGAGUUUUCUUUCAGUUCUUCUGAAUGUUAAUCAUGGAUUACUGUCAAUAUUCACAGAUGUGAAGCAAGAUGAUGGGAAUAUACUAGAAGGCAAACAUGGAGAAUUUUGGUUUGAAUUCAGUAGCGGUUCUUUGUUCUGCGCUACGAAAUACGAGGGCUUUGAAGACAAGCAUUACAUCUGUGUCCACUGUGGUAGCCUCAGCUUAUACCAUCAAGGUAUACUAGAUGGUGUUGUCUCUUCAUCUGAGAUCCGACUGCCAACCACAACACAUCCUCACUGGUUAGAACCUACCAUUUAUGUUCCUGAAGAAGGCGGCCUCAGUAGGACUUCUUCAGAUGGCGUGGGAGUGGAUUCUUUAAGCAUGCUGUCUGUUGCAGUGAAGAUACAGUCAAAUAAAUCUGAGACCAAUACCAAGGAGUUUCUGGUUGCCGUCGGGCUGCGGGGAGCCACUCUUCAACACAGAGUACUUCCUUCAGGCUUAAGCUGGCAUGAACAGAUUUUGUAUUUUUUGAACAUUUCUGAUGAGCCUGUGCUGGGAUAUAACCCUCCAACCUCUAUUACAACAUAUCACGUCCAUCUCUGGAGUUGUGCUCUGAACUAUAGGCCUCUGUUUUUGCCAACUAGAUCUCUUCUCACAGUUGAAACAUUUAGCAUUUCAAGUAGUGUUGCACUAGAUAAAUCUUCAUCUACUCUCAGAAUAAUCUUGGACGAGGCUGCUUUGCAUAUGUCAGACAAGUGCAAUGCUGUUACUGUGAACCUCCAGAGAGAUUAUGUUAGAGUUAUGGAUAUGGGACUCUUGGAAUUGACCAUAAGGGCAGUAAAGCCUGGAUCUGAUGGAGAGAGGAGUAAGCCUCGCUUUGAACUGCAUUGUUCCAGUGAUGUGAUCCAUAUCCGAACAUGCUCAGACUCUUGUGCAGCUCUGAUGAAUCUUAUCCAGUAUAUUGCAAGUUAUGGGGAUUUGAAUCCUCCUGCUAAGACAGAGGCUGUGUCUGGAAUGACUAAACAGAACGCAAAGGCAGAAGUUUCCAGCCAGCCGGCUUCCCAAGGGCCAAUCCUUGCCGAAGCCGAUCAGCAGAUUCUGCGAGAUUUAAUGAGUGAUGCUAUGGAAGAGAUUGAGACCCAGCAAACUACUUAUCCCACUAAACCACAAGCAAAUGGAUUCCCGGAUGAGAAAAUCCACGUGCAAGCACCGUCUUGCUCAGACCUCUUCCUGUUUCCCGAUGAAAGUGGGAAUCUCUCCCAAGAACCGAGCCCCACCUACGCAUCGUUCACUCACCAUAUGAUUAACGAAGCUAUGGGGGAAGCGCCUUCUGAAAAUGACGACUUCUGCAUUCUUUUUGCACCCAAAGCUGUUGUCUCUGAUAAAGAAGAGGAGCCAGUAGUGAAAAUAAUGGUUGAUGAUGCAAUCGUGAUAAAAGAGAACCAUUUCAGCCAGCCCGUAAAAAAGGCAGACACAAACAAAGCCCCACUCCGCUUUCCUGUUCCUUUAGUGCGCUAUGUUGUGAAAGAAAUCUCGCUCAUUUGGCACCUUUAUGGGGGUAAGGACUUUGGAACUGCACCACCUACCUCUCCAGCUAAAAGCUACAUUAGCCCUCAGAGUUCUCCAUCUCACACACCAACAAGGCAUGUUCGUAAUGCAGCUUGUGGUGGAAGAGGAAGGAACCCAGAUUUCUUGAUGGAAAUACAGCUAAGCAAAGUAAAAUUCCAGCAUGAGGUAUACCCACCAGGCGAGCCAGAGGGAGAAACCAACCUAUUGGAGCAUCCAGUGUCCCGUCAAGUGUUUGUGGUUCAGGACCUUGAGAUCAGAGAUCGCUUGGCUACGUCACAGAUGAAUAAAUUUCUCUACCUCUAUUGUAGCAAAGAGAUGCCUCGAAAGGCACAUUCUAACAUGCUCACAGUCAAAGCAUUGCACGUUCGUCCAGAAUCGGGCAGAUCACCACAGGAGUGUUGCUUGCGGGUGUCAUUAAUGCCGCUUCGCCUCAAUAUUGACCAGGAUGCCCUGUUUUUCCUAAAGGAUUUCUUCACUAGCCUUUCUACAGAGGUAGAAGUCCUAAUGACUCCAGAUCCUGAAGUUAAGAAGCCUCCCGGUGCUGAAGUCACAUGUACCUUACCCAGACAUUACAGUGGUUUCAAGGAGCCAAGCCCAGUCAUUUCAUUUGCAUUACACAAACAGUCCAGCCAGAAUGGAAGCGUGGACUCUGAGGAUGUACUCAAUGGGGAUGACCAUAAUUUCACACACGAAGAAGCAUCAUUCAGUGAUCAGCCAAUCUUUUUCAGAGAAUUUCGCUUUACAUCAGAAGUUCCAGUGCGCCUUGAUUACCACGGCAAACAUGUUUCUAUGGAUCAGGGUACGUUGGCUGGAAUUUUGAUCGGUCUCGCUCAGUUAAACUGCUCAGAGUUGAAGUUGAAGAGACUUUGCUACCGACAUGGGCUGCUUGGUGUGGAUAAACUGUUCUCUUACGCCAUUUCGGAAUGGCUUAACGACAUCAAGAAAAACCAACUGCCAGGUAUUCUGGGAGGAGUUGGGCCUAUGCAUUCAUUAGUUCAAUUAGUGCAAGGUCUAAAGGACUUGGUGUGGUUACCAAUAGAACAGUACCGAAAAGAUGGCCGAAUUGUAAGAGGCUUUCAGAGAGGGGCUGCUUCUUUUGGGACUUCCACUGCCAUGGCAGCAUUAGAACUGACCAACAGGAUGGUUCAGACCAUACAGGCAGCUGCAGAAACAGCUUAUGACAUGGUUUCCCCUGGACCUAGUUUAACUGAAACGAAAAAAAUUAAACGACUUUCUCGCUACCGUCUAGCUCAUCAGCCUGUAGACCUCCGUGAAGGGGUGGCCAAAGCGUACAGUGUUGUAAAAGAGGGGAUCACAGAUACAGCACAAACCAUCUACGAAACCGCUGCUCGUGAACAUGAGAACAGAGGGGUGACUGGAGCCGUUGGAGGAGUUCUCCGCCAGAUCCCACCGACAGUGGUGAAGCCUCUCAUAGUUGCGACGGAGGCAACAUCGAAUGUUUUGGGUGGGAUGAGAAACCAAAUCAGGCCUGACGUGCGUCAGGAAGAGUCUCAAAAGUGGCGCCUUGGAGACGACUGACAGCUUCGCCUUGUUUGAGGCUCAGAAGCAUGGACAGUUUAUCCUCGUGGUCGCUUUAGGUGGAACGUCUCCCUUCUAAUAUGCUCAUCUCAGGAACACAAGAGAUUGUAAAGCAAUUUAACAGCAAAACACGCAAUGUUCCAAGUAGGAAGCAGGCUUGGUUGUUGGCAUAGCGCAUACUAAAUACACACCUGCUGGUCAGUGCCAAAUGGGGUGGCACCUGUGUUGCCAAAUCCAAGACAUGCUGGCUUUAGACAGGGUACCAUAUUUUCUUUGGUAUCUUAAUUUUUGUUCGUCCGUUUAAAGCAACCCCACUUUGUGUACAUGUUUGUUUUAAAGGGAUUUCCUAGACUCUGUCAAAGAUUUUUUUAAAAAACAGCAAAAGGGGUUAUAUCAGAGCCCUUCCGUAACAGGGUGGAUGUCUGCUGUGAGACGCAGACACUACAAAAUAUUAAAUUCAAAAGGGGUUUUAGUUGUUUAGCUGACAGUGAGGUUUUUUUUGCCUCCUUGAUGUUAGUUAAUAAGGACAAUCCGUUAGGUGACUGGUUACAAGAUUGUGUUCAUACAACUGUGGACAGUAGGUCUUUCGCCUGUGUGUCGAAUUCCUCCUUUUGUGGGAUUUUGAGAAUCUGAAUGUUGCAGACAUGUUCUGUUGUCUUGCACUUUAAAGAAUUUAGGCUGUAAAUUUGCUUUUUUUGAAAAAAAUAGCUGUUAAUAAAACAUAAUGUGCAUUUUAUCCUUAGGUGAUUUAAAAACUUAUGCAAAUUAUUGAAAGGGGCAAAACACUACAAUAUG